UACGAAAAGCGGAACUACGUGACAAAACUUUCUUAGUUAAACCUGCUACUUUAAAACAAGCUCUGAUGUUUGACCAAGAAAUCUUAAAAGUGAAUCUUAGUAGAAAACAAAGACGGAUGUUAAAAUCAGAGUUAUUAGUGUUUCUCUUCUCCAGUUUUCUGGCACGUCUGGACUGUGCAGAUGUACCAGUCAAACAAGGAGAAGAUAUUAUUCUGGAGUGUUAUGGUCCCAAAUAUGCUACCACCAGAUUAUUAAGGUGGUACAAAUCUGACGUGAAGUCAGACUUUUAUCUCUUCUACUUCAGAGAUGGCAACUCUUAUGAAAACUAUCAGGAUCCAUAUUUUAAAGAUCGAGUGAAGCUGAAAGAUCCAGAGAUGAAGAAUGGAGACUUUUCUGUGAUUCUCAAAAAUGUCACCAUGAACGACACUGGAAGAUAUGAAUGUUAUGCUGGAUACAACAAUCAGGGACCUCAACUUAUAAACAUCACCUACCUGAAGGUAGAAGAAGAAGGUCAGACAGCAGGACAAAGUGAAGAUGGAGGGGAGGAGGCUGGAGUAAAGGAGAGUGGUUCUGUUGGACUUACAGUUGGUCUGUCAGUUUCUGCCAUGCUUCUUGUUGUUUUUGUUGCUGGUUUUGUGUUCUACAGAAAUCGUAGAGGGCGACGUCUUCUAAAUAAUCUAAUGAUGAUUUAAAAUGUGUUCAGUGGGUUCAUAACUGAACUCUGAGUCCGGCUGCUGUUCCAGGUUAUUAUCAGUAAGUUCAGCAUUCAGACUGACAGAGGAGAGACACAGGAAACAAUACAAAAUUAAACUUUGCAUUUU